UACAACGCGAGCUCUUGGGAAGUGUCAAUCAUUGGCGAAAAGUUCUCACAAAUCAUCCAAAGUAGCUGAUUAUCUCGAAGAAAAGAAUAAACAUGUUAACAAAAUGAAUGUCACCAGAUGGAACAGUGAAUACUUGAUGAUAAAAUCCAUUUUAUCUGUGGGAAAAGAAGACUUGGAAUCAAUUGCAAAAUUGAUGGAAAGUCCUGUUCGAUUAUCAAAUAAUGAUCUAAUUGUUCUACAAGAAAUUGUUGACAUAUUAGAACCAUUUAAUGAACUAACUGUAAAAUGCCAAAGUGAAAAAUUGGUUACGGCAAGUGCUGUGGUGCCAGCGGUUGUUCAUUUAAUAGUCCAUUUACGAGAUAUAAAAGCCAACAUUUCAUUUUGUAACAAGCUUAUUCAACAACUCGAAUCAUCGCUUGAAAAACGUUUCGCUGGUAUAAUUAGCCGAUUAAAUCAAUCAACUAUUCAAUACAAUGAUCCAUUUAAUGAUCCAGUUUACUUUAUGACUGCAGUGCUAGAUCCAUCCUUUAAAUUCCUUUGGCUUUCUGACUUGAAGCUACCUGUCAACGAUGAAAAUCGUUUAAAACAAAGUAUCAUUCAACUGAUCCUUGAUGAAAUCAGCAAAGAUGUAACAAAUCCAUCUGGUGCACAUAGUUCAUCGACGACAGCAUCUCCACCUUCGUCAACACCGAAACCGAAGCGCAGGAAAUUGUUUGUUUACAAUGAUAGUUAUGACGACGACGAUUCGAAUCUUUCAAGUCUUCUUAAUCCCGGUGCGGAAUCGGAAAACUAUUUGAAUGAUCCAAUGAGGAUCAGGUUUUCGGAAUAUUGGGUGAAUUCUCGAUUGAACGUUUUAAAAAAAUUGGUUGAACGUAUUUUCACAUUGCAAGCUUCAUCCGCGCCAGUCGAACGUGUAUUCUCACAUGCAGGCUUAAUUUUAUCACCUCGACGGUCAAAUAUGAAUGAAGAAUUAUUUCGUGAUCUGAUAUUUCUGAAAGUAAAUCAAGGCUUAUUAUGA